CAAAUGACGUAACCCUGAAUGAUUUGCGAGAAAGAUUGAAAAAAAUUAGAAAUUGCGAAGUUGAUCCUGACUAUAAUAUUGAGAUAGCUAAAUUUAUUUGCCAAAAAAUGUUGGUUAAAGAAAGUCAAGAAAAAGAGGACUUAGCUUUUUCAAUUAACCAAAUUGAAGCCGAACAAAGAGAAAAAAUUAAGGAAAUAAUUUGUUAUCUGUUUGUUGAUUUGUUUUCGUCGCAAUCAAUUCCUUCUGUGAUAUUCCCGGAAGAUAAUAUUGAUCCUGCUUAUGUUGACUUGGUAGUUCAUGAAGCAAGCCACUUAUUGACUAGCGAAAAGUCUCAUUUUAGUCAAUCAGAUUUGAAAAAGGCUAUAAAAUUUACCCUUCUCGUUACGAAUCUGAAUAUGACAAUGAGUGCAG